CGGCGCCUUGGCGGGGUCCCAAUCAUACACCGACCGCGCUCCAUACUACACAACACUCUACAUGUAUAUGGACGGCUGUGAUGCCUAUAUACAUUCGGAGGAAACUCAACAUUUUGAGUGUACCCGGACGACGAAAGGGACAUGUAGGCUGCUGUGAAGUUGAGUGAGGCCUAGAGUCAAGUGGAGUGCCACGAAGUAGGGUCGGUUUACCGCCGGUUCAAGGACUUGCCUAAUCAUGGAGGCAGAGAGUAGCAGGUAGCCGGUAGCCAUCACCGCCAGGACUUCACCAAUUGUAAUCCUAGCCUUGAGAAGACAGGGUUUCAGAGAUAGGCGUGCCCAAGGCCAUGCUUGCCGCCGAGGGGUCUGCAACAGCUGAAGGCCAGGAGCUGGGAAAAGUAUGUGCUUGUGCCACGACCUGAGAGGCUGAUUGCCGCUGGUGAAGUAAUGGAUAGAAGGAAGCUACCCCUCCAAGUAUGCAACGACUGUUCUAGCAGUUCUUUAUCUGAAGUUUGGGAAUACGACUCUUCUCCUCGUUGUGUUGGCGACUGGCUUGCAGCGCUAGAACUGAGAAUGUAGCCUUCCAGGGAGAGUGAGACAAUCUUCAGCAGCAGCAGCAUCACGAGAAGGUGGAGAAGGUGGAGGAGGAGGAAGAGGAGGACGACGAUGGUGGAGACAUUGGACUGGGUUUAAUCACACAGUUUGCAGUACUUAAGUAUUAUGAGAGUGGGAUAUUGUCAGGAAUGCCUGACAGGCAGUGGAUUGGAUCACUACUCGGACGCUGUGGUUCAGUGGUAUGGGACAGCAUUGGUGGGGCAUCAUCAGUUUAACAGAAAACUCAGUUAGGGUGAUACUUGUCUCUCAGACCGAGGUUAAUUCAUGAAUGUAAGUUAGCAUUCUGUGUAUUUUCCAGAGUAGGCUAGACAAACACUCUGCAUCAGCUGCCCGUUCCAAGAAGGAACGAUGAGUUCUUUUUCUCAUUCCAUGAGAGAACACGAAAAGGUUCUUGCAUGCGUCAGAAAAUUCCUGUCUCAACAUCUCUGGCCACUGAAGCAACGUGCAGAGAAGGACGUCUUGCUGUGUAAGACAGGCACACAGCGGUCUUUUGAGGAAGUUGGUAGUUCUGAACUCUGAAGCAAGGCAGCGCAGAGGUAGAAGUGCGUCCACACAUAACACACACGCAAGCAGACACGCACACACACACACACACACACACACACACACACGGAGAGANAGAGAGAGAGAGAGAGAGAGAGAGAGAGAGAGAGAGAGAGAGAGAGAGGAACAAACUUAGAGUCGGUUCAGCAACAGGGUGAGGUUGUUUCUUGGAGGUAUGGCAGACUUCGCGAACAUCACGUCGCUGGUGAUGCAGCAAGCACAAAAUGUAACUGAGAUGAAUGAAUACCUGAUCGCCAGCAGAACCACAGGAUUCCACCUAUGGAGGCUGCAGAAUGCGUUGUUUGUGUUCUUGAUGCAGGUUGGGUUUGCUCUCUUGGAGGCGGGAAAUGUUCGAUCUAAGAACACAAGGAAUAUUAUGCUGAAGAAUGUCCUUGAUGCUUGCCUAUCGGCGGUCGCGUUCUGGAGUGUUGGAUGGGCUCUUGCAUAUGGAGAGGGAAGUGCCAUUCUUGGAUGGAGGCAUCCAGAUGACCAUGCUGUUGCAUUUUUCAACGCAAGAGAUCCAGUGGGGUGGUUCUUCUCGUGGACCUUUGCAGCAACAUCAUGCACAAUUGUCAGUGGUGCUGUGGCAGAGAGAACCCAGUUCAAUGCAUACAUGGUUUACAGCUUUGUGUCCAGCUUUAUCAUUUACCCAGUUGUUGUGCACAUGAUCUGGUCAACCUCUGGCCUCCUAAGUGUGUGGAACCGAAGUCGGGAGGACCGUAUUCUUCAAACUUAUGGUGUCCUCGACAACUCUGGCUCAUUAGUGGUGCAUGUGACAGGCGGAUUGACAUCCCUGAUCGGUGCUUACUUAGUAGGACCUCGUCUGGGAAGGUUUGAUCUGGAUGGGAACCCCAUUCCAUUCAGAUCCCACUCUAUGGUUUUCACAGCAGCUGGAGUUCUCAUCCUUUGGGCUGGCUUCUAUGGCUUUAAUGCUGGUUCAGUCCUACUAUCAGCAGGACAAUCACUUAAAGUCUGGUGGAAUGGAAUUGCACGUGUUUGCGUGAAUACAACUCUUACCGCUGCUUUUUCUGCAGUUUCUGUGUACGUUUUGACAAGCCGACAUAAUGUGGAGUGUCCUUCAGACCUGUUUAACAGUGUGAUCGGCGGGUUGGCGGCAUCUGGGGCUACCUGUGCCGUUGUUCACCAGUGGGCAGCUGCGCUCAUUGGCAUUGUCUCUGGAGUCGUUUACAUGCUUGGUGUCACUGCAAUUAUAAGGUUGAAGAUUGACGACCCGGUGAACGCAGUGCCUGUGCAUUUAGGCUGUGGUUUAUGGGGUGUACUUGCAGUGGGGCUGUUUGCAGAGGGACAUAUGGUUCGAGACACGUUCAAUAUCCAUAUUGAGCCAAACAGAGGACUGUUCCGUGGUGGCGGUAUUCACCAGCUAGUUGUCCAGUUCCUUGGCGUCCUGUUGGUCUCCACCUGGGUUUCUGUUGUUUCAUUUGUGAUGUUCUACUCCUUGAAAAUCACCAAGCGGCUGCGUGUCGGUAGAGAAGAGGAAGAGGUGGGUCUUGACGUUGCUUUCCAUGGCGGGUAUAACGAUGACGAGCUUGUCUUUGACAAGAACAAGUAUUUCAUUCCUGCAAGUCUCCGCAAACGGCUCACGAAGAAGCUGGAGGGAGGGUCCAACAUCCUCUCUUUCCUCCGAUUACCAAUGUUCAGCAGGGGAAUGGUUGAAAAUGUGACCCACAUGGUUCUCUGGCACAAGGCAAUGAAGCGAACUACGCAUGGUGACUUCUCAUAUGCCACAUAUGAGGCGAACUACUUGAUGGAGGACACCAGCCAUGUGGAAUCAUCACCAAGUGGUGUUUUUAUGGGGAUCUAUGAUGGCCACGGCGGACCCGAAUGCUCCACAUUUAUCAGAGAGCAUUUGUAUCCAAACUUGCAGAUGUCGUUUUUGCAGAAUGGGGGUGUCUCGGAGAUGAACAUUGCAAGAGCGUUUGCUGUCACCGAGGAUGCCUUCACAUGCAUUGUCCGAGAGUCCUUCAAGACGUGUCCCCAUCUGGCCACUGUAGGAUCUUGUGCGCUAACGGUUAUCCUCAGCGGCAACACACUGUAUGUUGCAAACCUGGGUGACAGCAAGAUCAUUCUGGGGCGAAGCCCGACCCCAAGUGAGGUAGAGGCAGUCCAGUUGUGUGAACAGCAUGACGUUAACCUUGAUGAGGUGAGGCAAAGGCUAAUCCAACAACAUCCUGAAGAUCCUAAUAUUGUAACUGAGAGAGGAGGAGUUUGGCGUAUCAAGGGCAAAGUCAGGGUCUCACAUUCUUUUGGGGACUGCUACUUGAAAAGCAGAGAGUUCAAUAGGGAGCCUUUAUUUCCACGCUUCCGUGUGACAGACCCUUUCCGCCCGCCAUUGGUCUCCUCUUGUCCGCUCAUUACCGCACGCAUCCUUUCCCCAGAGGAUGAAUUCAUCAUUCUGGCAUCGGAUGGACUCUGGGAGUUGCUACCGAAUGAGGAUGCCGUUCGCAUUGUCCAUGACAAUCCGCGCGAGGACAUUGCGCGGUUUUUAAUCAAGACUGCUUUGCAGCGUGCGGCGAAGAAGCACAGUCUGACAUAUUCCGAGUUGAUCAAGACGCCUCGUGGAUUGAGGAGAGAAUUUCAUGAUGACAUAACAUGCAUCAUUUUCUUCUUCAACCACUUUUCUUCGCUGCGACCGGCUUUCACAAAGGCAAGCACAGCAAUCUGGCGACCCGGGACACCUGGAUCUGUGGUGACCACGGCCGUGGGCCAGACUGCGGGGCCGUCAUUUGCCAUUCCAGAGGAGUCAGAAGCAGCAUUAGGAGGAUUGGAAAUGCACUCCAUGGAGUUGGCGGGAAGGAGGAUGUACAAUCAACAGCAAAUGGUAGGAAACGGUGUAAUGGACUAUGCCUUGGAUCGCCCAAUGACCAGCCCGAGCUUUUCGUUGAGACCGAAGCCACAUAUUAGAGAUGUGCAGGGUAACGUGUUCUUCGGGGAUCACAAUUUCGUUUACCCGAGGGGGACGCAGCCGGAACCCCAUGCUGGGACUUUCGUCAUAAGUGGUCACCCAAAUGUCUCUGGCUAUCGCCGAGAGAACGUUGCUGGGAUAGGUGGUAUGGGUGACAUGGGAGCAUAGAACCUGCGUGACACCACGACAAGUCAUGCUCGGGACAACUGGAAGAGAUAGUCGCAGUGGCGAGGGAAAGGUGGUGAAAGGCGGAACAAAGUAUGUGUGUUUGUACGGGGCUCUGGGACUUCGGUUAUGAGUGGUCGCCCAAGUGUUUGUGGUUUUCGGCGAGAGACCGUCGCUGGGAUGGGUGGUAUUGGUGACAUGGGAGCAUAACCUGCUCGACACAACAAGAAGUCAUGCUCGGGACACAACUGAAAGAGAGAGUCGCAGUGGCGAGUGAAAGGUGGUGAAAGGCAGAACGAGGUAUGUGUGUUUGUACGGGGCUGGGACUUCGGUUAUGAGCGGUCACCCAAAUGUCUGUGGUUUUCGGCGAGAGACCAUUGCUGGGAUGGGUCGUAUGGAUGACCUGCGAGCAUAGAACCUGCUGACAAGUCAUGCUGGGGACACGGCAGAAUGAGAAUCGCCAGAAUGGCGAGGGAAAGGUGGUGAAAAGCAGAACAGGGUAUGUGUGUGUGUGUGUUUGUACGGGGCUGGGAUUUUGGUUGUAAGUGGUCGUCCAAAUGUCUGUGUUUUUUGGCGAGAGACUGUUGCUGGGAUGGGUGGAAUAGUGACCUGGGAGCAUAGAACUUGGUCGGCAAGUCGUGCUGGGCGUGCAGCAAAAUGAGAAUAGUGGCAGUGGCGAGGGAAAGGUGGUGAAAGGCGGAACAGGGUAUGUGUGUUUGUACGGGGCUGGGACUUUGGUUAUGAGCGGUCACCCAAAUGUCUGCGAGAGACCGUUGCUGGGAUGGGUGGGACAAGUGACCUAGGAACAUAGAACUUGCUCGGCAACUCAUGCUGGCGGCACAGCAGAAUGAGACUAGUCACAGUCGCGAGGAAUUCCGUUUACCCGAGAGGGGCACAGCCUGAAACCCAUGAUGGGACUUUUGUCAUAAGCGGGCACUCAAAUGUCCCUGGUUUUCGGCGAGAGACCAUUUCUGGGAUGGUUGGGGUACAGGUUACCUGGGAGAAUAGGGCUUUGAUGCAACCGCAAGUCGUGCUGGGCGCACAGUGGAAUGAGAAUAGUCGCAGUGGCGAGGACGCCACUGAAAGGUAGAAUGAGGUAUGUGGGUUUGAAUGGGGGAGGGGCAAGGUAUUGACUGCCAAUCUUCACGACUAACUCGCUCACUGUUGUGAUCCUUUCUGCCCUAGGCAGGCAUAGACUAGAGGACAGCAGAAAGGACGGGGCUAAUUAGGGGGGCUUCAUUCCUCCCAAUUGCUGAGGUCCUUUUGCCAAUCAGAGGAUAAUUUCUCAGGUGGGCUUCAUUCCCUGCAGUUUGCUGAGGCGGGCUUCAUUCCCCCCAAUUGCUGAGGUGGGCUUCAUUACCAGUACCCAGGGGGAACACAAGAAGGAAGAGGGAAGGGUAGCCACUAGAACGAGAAAUCUAUGGGAGUGUCAUUUAUCAUGGCAAUUUCAGCGAUAUGGUCAGAUUUGCCUCUUGAUUUUCUGUAUUCAUUGAUGACAGUG